AUGGCCACCGUUCUAGCCACGUUUUCGGUCCUGAAGGACCAUGUCAAGUUGAAGGUUACCCAGGAAGCCGUGGCCAUUGACAAUAUCGUGUUCAAGCUACACUACAGAGCCACGUUCCUGAUCCUGCUGAUCAGCUCGCUUCUGGUGACGUCCAGGCAAUACAUCGGGGAACAUAUCAGAUGCAUCACCGAUUCUGGACUAGUGGAAGCAGUGAUCAACACUUUCUGUUUCUUCACGUCUACAUACACCGUGGUGAAGCACAUGAACGCGACGGCGGUCGAGAUGGGCGAACUGCCGCAUCUUGGUGUAGGGCCAGUUAAUAAAAACGACGAGGUCGUGCACCACGCUUACUACCAGUGGGUCCCCUUCAUUCUGUUUUUUCAAGCGAUCCUCUUUUACUUGCCUCACUACCUGUGGCGGAACGCCGAAGAGGGUCGUUUGAAGCAGUUGGUCUCCGGAUUAAAACUGGCGUGCUUGGCCUUGAACGAGACGUCUCUGAAGACCGAGAGCAUGACCAUUCCCUCGAUACACGAUCGCGAGGAGAAGAUCCGGCAGAUUCGGCGCGCUUUCAUCGAGCGUAUCCACUUGAACCGGCCGUGGGCGUAUUACUUGGGCCUGUGUGAGGUUCUCAAUUUCAUCAAUGUCCUGAUGCAGAUUUACGUGACCGACUGGUUCCUCGGCGGUGCUUUCCUCGGUCUGGGCAACGCUUUAGCCGCAGACACGUCCAAUGGGCAGCUGGACGUUCUCGAUAUUGUCUUUCCUAAGGUGACCAAAUGUAUAUUCCACAAGUACGGUCCUUCCGGGACCAUACAGCACCACGACGCCCUCUGCGUGAUGGCGUUGAACAUCGUCAACGAGAAGAUCUAUGUGUUUCUCUGGUACUGGUUCAUCAUUCUCGCAGUGAUAACCGGUUUAGGAUUGGUGUGGCGGAUACUGACCAUGCUGCUGCACGCCAGGAGCACCCUCUUCAACAAGAUCGUGUUUCAAAUGGCCUGCCCAGGGAGAUACAAUCCAUGGAACGUGCUCACUGUCACCCACGAGUGUCACUUCGGGGACUGGCUGUUUCUCUAUUAUAUAGCGAAGAAUCUGGACAAUUAUAUAUUCAAGGAACUUCUACACAAAUUGGCCGAGGACAUGCAAGCCAGGCAAGAAACCCUCAAACGUCCUCUCACAAAGGAGGAGGAACCGUUGACCAAUUUAACGCAACAAGCAGAACACAGCUUCGUGUCUUAACCUCCUUAACCGGACUUUAACUUUGUAACCGUACUUGUCAUGCACAAGUGGGCCCGAGAAAUGACUGACAAUAUAUGCUGCCUUGGUUUUUGCCAAUGCUGUUCACGAGCUUGGGCCAUUUAUGUUGCCCAGUUCCUCGUCCACAUACCGUC